UUUCGUCAGUGUCGUUUUUGCCUUUGGCGAGUGCGGACGUGUCGCGAGUGAUUCAGUGUUGCCAGCACUCCGUGAUUCGUCACCGAUGCAGCGGCCAUCGAGAUGAGCGCACCCCGCGCCCCGCCCCCACCCCGCGCCUCUAUCUGUCUCGCUCGCACACACCCUCUCACUCUCACCCCCUAUCUCUCUCCCCCAGGCCAGGAUGCUUGAACGUGCGCCGGGUCUGCGUAUGCGCACCGUUUGGACGCAUUUGUACUUCUUAUUUCUUAUUGGCUUAUCUCCUGGCGAUGGCACAGAAUGGAGUAGCUCCGAGCGAUCACCAGCUCCAGCGCCACCCAACCUCGAGGUGGACGCCGCUGAACUAGUACGAGACGCCCCCCUCUAUCCCCCACUUCAAGAUACCCCCGACGAUCCUUACGAAGAACAAGACAAAAGUGAACUUUCCUAUAACGACUUAGAGACCAGUAUAGAACAGAGCAGAAUACUAGUAACACCCGAAGAUUUGGGUAAUAUUGAGACUGAUGAUGAAACUAAGGUACAAAGUGGGGGGGAGGUAGAUGUUUCAAUAGCUAGUGAUAGUGAUGAAAGAAUGAAAAGGAGUAGUGGACAGGAAUGGGAUAGAUCUUCCAAGCCAAGCAAUAAUCGCCGUGUAAAAACCGGAGAUACAAUUCUCAAUAUACGAGGCGCUGUUCGAGACGCGAUUGGCGACGCGGGCGCAGCACCCGGUCCGCGCGCGUCGUCCAGAGUCGACACGUUUGUGAUCAGACCAGCGCAAGAGCAUGCCCAUCGGAUGCCUGUCCACGAUCAGCCUCGAGCUCAACCGUCCAUUAGCCAGGUUCCAAAGAAUGAGAGAGAGAUAUUAGUAGAGGCACACUCCCGUGCUCGUAUCUCGUGCGAUCUCAUCAAUGUCACCAAUCUACGUUGGUAUAAGGAUAAUGAGCAAAUGAACGUGCCAUCGUCAGGUAAUGGGGGUGGUGAAGCUAUGUGGAAAGAUGGUGAUACUCUUGUAGUUGGUAGAGCGACACGCGGUGAUGCUGGCGCUUGGAGAUGCGCAGGAGUGGACAAAGUUGGGAAAAUUGUAUCUGGCAAACCUACACGGUUACUUAUAUAUGAACCCGUUCGGUCUGUGUAUCUGGCAGUUGAUGGUAGAAGACUAGAUGCUGGCAAUACUUGGGUGCCUGUCAGAGACAAGACUGUUCUUGAAGUGAAAUGUGUUGCGGAAGGUGGAGUGCCGCCGCCUGACCUCUCGUGGAGGCUGCUUGCUUUAGAGCCAACAUUGGAUCACCGUCCUUAUCUGCGAAUCUAUCAUACUAAUUAUUCAAUAGAGGGUGUGGCAUCAUCUCACGUAGUUGUAACGGCAGCUAGAGAGUUACACAAUGCAACACUGCAAUGUGAAGCCCGACAGAGGAGUCCCAGACUGACUCUUGCCUCAGCAAAUCCUACACCAGCAUCUGAUCCGCUCACUGCUAAAUUAGAAAUACAUGUAACUUAUCCUCCGUCAUUCGUCAUAUCUCGGUGGCCUGGGUUUGGUAUAUCCUUAUCAGCUGGAGGUGCUGCUGCUCUGAGGUGUGAUGUUGAUGCCAAUCCACCUGCAAGAGCUUGGUGGUUAAGAGACGACGCCGAUCCUACCAGUUCACCGCCACCAUUAGAAGCUGGUGAUGAGAGUGCCCGAGGAUCAGCCACACUUCGGUGGGCGACGUUGCGAGCCACCCACGCGGGCUGGUACCGCUGUCGAGCGACGUGGCUUGACGCUGAAUACUCCUCAAUAGGAUAUUAUCUUAAUGUUUUGGCAGCUGAAGAAAACUCAGAAACGGCCACGGAAGCAGAGGCUGAUGCUGAAGAACCUGACCAUCAGAAGGUGGAUGUGCCUCUUGGUGGAAAUGUACAGUUGCAUUGCCCUAAAGGCAGUGUAGGGUGCUGGUGGAGACGUGUGGUGGGCAACUCAAGUGAGACUUGGGCGCCUGCUGGGUCACAGCAUGCUCACGGUGUAUUAGGUAUAAAAGAUGCCCUUUAUCAAGAGGGAGGCGAGUAUCGAUGUGUCGGUACCCGUGCACCUGACCUCAAGCGGCUGAGGGAGCUGAAAAGGGUCACUUUAAGAGUAACGGGUGGAGCCACUGCUACAGCCUUAAGUGCAGAGCCAGCAGCAGGCGGCUGGCGUCUCGAAUGUGGUGCAUGCGGCAGAGGAGUCCGCGUGGUUUGGCUUCGAGCCGGCGUGGCAACUCGGGCGUCUCUUAAUCCAGAUCUAGCUCAACACUGCUGGAGGGCAGUACUGCACGUGGCCGAACCAGAUGAAGUCUGGUGUGUAGCUGCGACGACAGGAGCCGGCGCCGUCGCUGUGUUCCCCCGACGAGCACCACCACCAUCGCCAGCGCCUGCCAGGCAUACAGUACGAGCGCUACACGAUGACGCUGCAUCGGCCCGCCCUCAAUUACUUCUUCUUCUAUCUGCACUGUUGCUCCGUUGAGCGGUCGUGAUCACGCGAUGGUUUCAAUUGAACAUUGUCGGUGAGUCGUAUUCGCUUACAACGAUUGAUUAACGAAUUCCCACUGUCUGCUGAUUGAGACGCUUCAUCAUUUAGUAUAAAGAGGAUGUUUUAUUCAAGUUUUUCUGUAUCGUUACCGAUACCAUCAUCAAUAAUAGAUUUUUACUAUAUUUAUGUAUAAUAAGUUACUUCUUACAACACAUUUGCAUCAAAGUCAUAAACAAAAUUUUAUAACAAAAAGGUAUCGCUGGAAAUAAGUUUAGAAUUUGCUAAAUGUAAAAUUUUAUUUUUAAUUGCAAAAUUUUAAUUUGCAUUUAUUAUUAUUUUAUUUUUUAUUCUUGACAUGUUUAUUUAUACCACUUAUUAAAAAAUGAAUAAAAUCAGUAUUACAGUAAUAACAAUUCGACAUAACAUUUGUUUUUAUACCUUUUUCUUACUCUAAGAUUGUUACUUAAUUAAAUAUAUUAUGUUUAAUUUUUUCCAACAUAUGAAUUAAAGUUUUUACGUGAUUACCGUAACAUCAUCCUCUAUAUACUGUCUGGUGUUUAUAUUUUUAUUUAAUCAAGUGUCUAUAUCAAUCAGCUACGUCGUUAGACUCUUAAUAUUUUGGACAGCCCGUCUGUCCGUCUGUACUUUAGUCUUCGUAGUACCUAUUCUACUGUAAUUUGUUAUACUAGUAUACCUGCCUAUCUCUUAAUAGUGCAUUGUUCGUUGCGAUGUUACCAAUGCUGAUACAGUAAUUAUAGUAUGUAAACAACCAUUUAUAUUUAUAAAUGUAUUAUUAAUAAGAAAUGUAAGACAGUUGGUAAUAUUAAUAAUAUGAAUAAUUUAAUAAUUAAAAUUGUAAUUUCAUAGUACUGUAAACUAUUUUCAAGUAAUGUAACAGAUAUUUUUAAAUCUUAUUUCAAUGUUUUGUUUUGUAUAGAGCAUGAAAUCUAAAUAAUUAGCUUCAUUUUAAGAAAAUGUUCUAUUUAUGAAAUUGAACAUUUUUUUUAAGGAUCUGCUCAAAUUUUUAGAUCUUUCUAUACCGAGUCGACCGCUGGACAAACCAUCCUAGUGAUAGUAAAAAUGUUCAGUUUUGAUAGAGAACACUACUUUAAAAAGGAAUAAUUAUGUCUAUUUCUAUUCAAUUCAUGUAAUUUUGAAAAUCGCAGCGAACAUAUUCUCCUGUCCUUCUAUUAAUUUCCCUAAUAUUCCAUUUUUUCUUGUUAUUUAUUUUAUAGUGAAUAUUUAAGAAAACAGGAAGCGAUCGUGCCAAAUUGUUGAUAUUUUAAAAUAGAUUUUUAUUAUAUUGGAUUAAAAAGGAAUUUUAAUUUAAUAACGUAUUGAUAUGUGAAAAUUUGUGUAAUGUGAACACCAAUUGAAAAUUAGUAUUAUAUAAUAAAAAAAAAUGUGAGUUUGGAUGGUUCCAAUGCCACUGUUAAUGCAACCGAUUGCGGUGUUCAUAUUUGAAUAAUACUUAUGUACGGAACCAUUUAGAUUCUGUAUACUAAACUAUAGAUGUAGCAAUAUGUUCACGCGUGGCGUUCCUACAUGUUUUAAAAUAAACAAGUCUACUAGUAUAUCAAUAAAUUUUUAUAUCAGGAUAUUUUAUUAUCAUCUCGAGAUGAUAAUUUUAAAAGACAUCAUUGUUUAAAUAUGAAUACCGAAAUGAAAUCCAAACUAGCAUAUAUUUUAUAUAUAGAUGUCAAAUUCUUAAUGAAUAAAGUAAAAAAUAACAUUAUGUAUCAUAGCUUAAAACUGGAUCAUGUAAAUUUUGAUGUCAAUUGUAGACGCUCGUUUAGAUCGGGCAGUGUUUUGUAUAAAUGAAAUUUGCUACCACAAUUUUUGCAACAAUCUUUUUAGUGUAUAAGUGUAAAUUUUAUCUAAUGUUUGAUGUUGAAAUGUUAUCGGUGGUUAGUUUCUCUAUUAGAUUGUGUUUUGUUUGUUUAUCAUCAUCUACUUUGACUUCAUCUCCUGUUUUCUGUAGUUUUAUAUUAGCAGUGUAAAGUUGUGCGUUUCCGUAAAUCAAUUUGAAAUUAUCAAAUACGUGCACAAGUUAAAAGUAACUAUCAAAUUUCUAUACGUGCAACGGUAUAAAUAUUGAGGUGUAUUAAAUUAAUAGAACAAUAACUAUUACCAAAUUUUAUUGUCAUAUCAAAUUGUGAGAUUCAAUUCUGCUGAUAAUAAAGUUGCAUAAUAAAAUAGAAAUCCAUCGUGAAGACAAUGGGAGUUUUGAUAUUUUAUGGCCAAAUGCCAUAAUACGAUUUUAUCGUGACGAUUCACAUCAAUAGAAAAUAAAACGAGAUAAUAGAAAAGCAAAAAUAAAAAUUGCUUUCAAAUUAUGUUCGAAGUGCACGUGAAAUUAAAAGUACUAACAACUUUUUACAUACAUGUCUUUUAUAUUGUGAUGACAACGGUUUAUGGGAACGCAUGAAGAAUUGUCAUUGUUGUUAAGAAUUGUGAUAUCAGAGGGGGGGGGGGCGCGGGCGCGUCGCGGGCCGAGAGUUUAUCACGAGAAUUUAACCAUAAAAUGUUAGUUUAACUAGAUUGUAGUGAGAUGUAUUUUUGUAUAUCUGAACGUAUUAUGGUCAAUUGUGCAAUGAUUUUUCAUGAAAGUGUUGUAUUAACAUAAUUUCGUUUAAGUACCUGGAUACGUGGAAGUAAUAAUCCGUCCAAUGCGGAAUUCUUAGAUAAAUAAGGAGCUAUGUAGAUCCCUCUGACUAACCAGCGUUUUCAUCCCUGACCUUUCUCAUCAAAUUAUAUUAGAUAAAAAAAAAAAAAUCUUUGAAAUUCCCUCUUCUUUACAUUAAUUUCAAAAGCCUCAGAUGGUUUAUCCAAUAUCAUGUUUCAUUUCCUUAUAACCUUCAUCUCUCUCAUUAAAUACCUUGAAUUUCUCUUAUAUCAUCUCGAUACAUAAUUAUAUGUGUAUUCAUAAUUGUAGUACUGCGAGUUUUGAACGAAUAACUUUAUCAUUAUCAUUCUUCAACUUCUAAAUCAUAUUCUAGAUCUAUGCUAUCUUGUUCUUCUUAUUCUUUGAAUUAAGAUUCGUUCGUAGUUUUUAAUUUAAAGAGAUAUAUCAAUAAAAGGAGUAAAACAAGACAUUUCUAAACUUGUUUAUUCUAUUAAAUACAUAUAUCUGUAGAGGGUUGUUUGCCUAAUAUUCACAUUUAGCUCAGUGUAAGUAAAAACAAUGAAGUCUUUUAUUUAUUUGAUAGUAACAUAUUUAUUACAGUAAAAUUUCAAAUAAUAAAUUUUUUGAAUAUGUUUUUGAAUCUUGACUUCAUUUUUAACAGACAUACGCUCUUCAAUUCUAUUUACAUGAGUUUAAUUAACAACGUAAGUAACUAUAAAUUCUGUUUUAUUAACAGAGUAAUUUUUAACUUUGUUUUUACAAAUAAUGUCACUAGCUGCACUUUUACGUAUUUUAAAUAGUGCAGAUAUGAGUAAAAUUAAUAUAGUAACUGUAUUAUAUUAUUUAUUAUGUAUAGAAUUCUUUAUUGCUUUAUCAAGUUUAUUUUCUAUACAAUAAAAAAGAUUUUCACUUUGUUUUUCCUUACACUUCGAUUGAAUGCUCCGCGGCCCCCGCACCUCGUAUAAAUUUAAUUGAACGAUACUGUAUGUAACAUUGGUAUUUCGUAGCCAAUUUGUUUGCCAGUAUUUUCUAACCUACAAACAAUAUUAAAUAGUUUAUAAUUUUUAUUUUUUUUAAUUAUUUAUAUCAUUAAUCAAUUAGCAUUUAUUGGAAUAAAUCUUCCAACUGUAUUCAAAGACAGACAGACUAUGGAUAGGUUAUCUGUAUUGAUACUAAUAUCCCAAUCCUAUGUCAAAUUUACUGGGUACAGAGGAAUAACACCUGAGUCCUCAGGAAUGGCAACGCAUGGGGAGUAUCAUGGGCGAAACAGUAUACUCUGUUAUGUCCAUGGUACUGCUCACGUCUAUAGGCGACGGUUACCACUUUCCAUCAGGUGGGCCGUCAGCUUGUUUGCCAUUCUAAGUUGUAUAAAAGUUGUAUAAAAAUGUCAAGCAGCUGUUUUAAUUUGAAUUUUGGUAUGGAUGAAAUUACAGGAUAUGGAGGUGUAAUUUGUAAGUAAUUAUAAAAGGCAAUUGCAUGAGUGGUAUAAUGACCACGAGUAUAACAAUAUAUUCUGUGAUAUUCCAUGUUCAUGUUUACAGGCGACGGUAACUACUAUCCAUCCACCGUCUAGUCUGUUCUGGUCAUUGCAACUGAUUUAUUUUAAAAAUAUAUCAAUUUUUUUUUCUUCCCAUCAGCUGAGUUACCAGAUCAUUGAUGCCAUUCUAAGUUGCACAAAAAACAAAGGAAAUUACAUUUUUUACAGUCGAAUUUUGAGACCAAAAAAUUAUGUAUUAACUUUAAAUAUUUUUCCAAAGCAAAUUUAUUUUCAUUUCCACGCCAAAUAUAUUAUUAUUUAAUGAAAAUUAUAUUGCGUACCUAUUAUCCAUUUUGUUUAAUUAUUAAUACAGGAAAUAUAGCCAUAAUGAGGUAUAUUUUAAUAUCAGUUCCUUAAAACAGAAUGAAUAAGUAAUCAGUCGUGAAAGAUUACACGUGGUUGUAACUUUACAAUUAUUCUAAUUGUUCCUCCGACCAUUUUAAAUGGAAUGAAGUUAAAUAUAAAAGAAUUUGAAAUUAUUAAACUGCCUCUUUGUAUCGUAUUUCCAAUUUGCAAAAUUCGGAAACUUGAUGAAAAAAAAAGUAAUUUGCAUUUUUUAUCUGUUCUUUAUCUUUUUUUUUUUUUUAAUAUCGCAACUGGCAAGCACGUUGACUGUGUAAUGCUGGAAUUCAACUGUAUUAAAUCACUUGGUAAGUUUUGUAGCGUCCACAACGGCACUAUGUGUCGCAUCAUGGUGCCAAAUACAUAAUAAAUCAUAUAUAUUUACAUUUAUUAAUAUACAUUAUUGUUUAAUUUGAUAUUGAAUGUACAGAAACCAUAUAUUAAUUCACAAUGUGUUUAUGGAAACUCGUAUACCAAAUAAACGAUAUAUAAAAAUA